GAAUUUCUGUGUUGAAAAACGGCCGUCGAAGAGCGUCACUUCUUCCCAUUCGCCUAACCAUCGGUUGCAUAGUCCGUGGUUUUGGCUGUAUAGCUGACUAGUUAUCUGAUUGAUUGUUAUCGCUUCUUGUGUCUUGUCACUUAAUUGGCUAAACCGCGAAGAAGCUUUUCGGCCCAUAUAUCUAUCGCCUUCAUCUCAUAUCUUCUUGAAUCGAUUGUCGCAAAUAUCACCCACCACACCCUUGUCUUUGGCAUAUAACAAAACAGGAAUUGUUCCCGCCAUGGCGGACGAACUUCGCCAGCCCGAGGCGCUGUCCCACGCGCAGGGCGCGCGCGAUGACAGCUUUAAUCAUGCAGACGCUCCCGACUCCACAUUCGAUUCUAGUACCACCAGUUUCACCGACCAGUCCAUCGAGGGCCGAUGGGGCGAACACGCCCAAGAAACCGUGUCCCGACGGGGUGCGAUGGAGGAAUUCGAGGAGAUGCGACGAGAAUUGACCCGGACCCGUUCCGCCACGGCAGACGCCACGCGACUGCGCUCGUUGCCCUCCCACGGUGCCCGUCACCCCCGGGACGAGGAGGAAGGACGAGGCGAGGAGGAUGUGGAAGGAGAAUUCCAGGGCGGUUUCGAUCUGGACGAGUUUCUGUUGGGCGGCCAUCUUGAACGACGGACCACGGCAGGAGAACCCGCCAAACGAGUCGGAGUGGUGUUCAAGAAUGUAACCGUCAAGGGUGUCCAGACCGGCGCCUCCUUUGUCCGUACCAUGCCCGAUGCCGUGCUGGGGACGUUCGGUCCCGAUCUGUACCGGAUACUCGGCCAGUUCAUCCCGCCGCUGCGGUUCGGAAAGGCGCCCCCGGUCCGGGAUCUGCUCCACGACUUCAGCGGAUUGAUCCGAGAGGGCGAGAUGAUGCUCGUGCUGGGUCGACCCGGCGCCGGCUGCUCGACCUUCUUGAAGACCAUUGCGAAUGAUCGGGGCGCCUUUGCCGCGGUGGAGGGUGAUGUGAACUACGGCGGCUUGUCCGCCGACGAACAGUUCAAGCGGUUCCGUGGCGAAGUCAACUACAACCCCGAGGACGACCAACACUUCCCCAACCUUACCGUGUGGCAGACAUUGAAGUUCUCCCUGAUCAACAAGACCAAGAAACACGACCGGGCCAGCAUCCCCGUCAUCAUCGAUGCCCUGCUCAAGAUGUUCGGCAUCACCCACACCAAGGACACCCCCGUGGGGAACGAGUACGUUCGCGGUGUGUCCGGUGGCGAGAGGAAGCGAGUCAGUAUCGCCGAGACCCUGGCGACCAAGUCGUCGGUGGUCUGCUGGGAUAAUUCCACCCGCGGCCUGGACGCCAGCACCGCGCUCGAUUACGCCAAGUCCCUCCGCAUCAUGACCGAUAUCAGCAAACGGACCACCUUGGUCACGCUGUACCAGGCGGGCGAAAGUAUUUACGAACUCAUGGACAAGGUGACGGUGAUCGACGAGGGCCGCAUGCUCUACCAGGGACCGGCCAACGAAGCGAAGCAGUACUUCAUCAACCUUGGCUUUCACUGUCAGACGCAGUCAACCACGGCCGACUUCCUCACCUCGCUGUGCGAUCCGAACGCCCGUCAAUUCCAACCGGGCAGGGAGGCAUCGACACCCAAGACGGCCGAGGAACUGGAGGAAGUCUUCCGACAGAGCAGCGAGUAUAAGCGGAUCUGGAACGAGGUCUGCGAGUACGAGCAGCGACUGCAGGACACGAAUCAGGAAGACACCCAUCGCUUCCAGAAGUCUGUCGCCCAGUCCAAGAGUAAAACGGUCUCCAAGAAUUCCAGUUACACGGUGUCCCUGCCCCGACAGGUCAUGGCGUGUGUCCAGCGCGAGUUCUGGCUUCUCUGGGGCGACAGGACGUCUCUCUACACCAAAUACUUUAUCAUCAUUUCCAACGGCCUGAUUGUCUCGUCUCUCUUCUACGGUGAAUCUUUGGAUACCAGCGGUGCCUUCACCCGUGGCGGUGCCCUGUUCUUCUCGAUUCUCUUCCUGGGCUGGCUGCAACUGGCCGAGUUGAUGCCCGCGGUCACCGGGCGUGGCAUCGUUGCGCGCCACAAGGAUUAUGCCUUUUACCGUCCCUCGGCAGUCGCAAUCGCCCGCGUGGUGUUGGAUAUACCGUCUAUAUUCUGUAUGGUGGUGCCGUUCACCGUCAUCGUCUAUUUCAUGACUGGGCUGGAUGUCACCGUCUCAAAAUUCUUCAUCUACUUCCUGUUUGUGUAUACGACCACGUUCUCCAUCACGUCUCUUUACCGCAUGUUCGCCGCCCUGUCGCCGACGAUCGACGACGCGGUUCGCUUCAGCGGCAUCGCCUUGAACGUGUUGGUCCUGUUCGUCGGUUAUGUGAUUCCCAAACAAGACCUGAUCAACGGCUCCAUCUGGUUCGGGUGGCUGUUCUACGUCAACCCGAUCGCGUACAGCUACGAGUCGGUUCUUACCAAUGAAUUCUCCGAUCGUGUCAUGCAGUGCAAUCCCUCGAUGUUAAUCCCCCAGGGCCCGGGUGUCGAUCCGAAAUACCAGGGAUGCUCCCUCACAGGAUCUCAGCUCGGCCACGCGGAUGUCUCGGGCUCUGCGUAUCUCCAGGCCACCUUCCAAUUCACUCGAAGUCACCUUUGGCGCAACUUUGGUGUCGUCAUUGCGUUCACCGUGCUGUAUCUUUUGGUCACCGUCCUCGCUGCCGAAUACCUGUCAUUCACUGGCGGUGGCGGUGGCGCCCUCGUCUUCAAGCGGUCGAGCCGUGCGAAGAAGCUGAAGGCGCAGACUAACAAGGAAAACGAUGAAGAAAAGGUCGAACGACCGGAAGAUAACGCGGCGCUAGCACGCGGAGAGGCGAGCUCAUCCGGAGAUGCCCAACCGUUCAACAAGCUGUCGUCCAGCGACAGGGUCUUCACCUGGUCCAAUGUCGAAUACACGGUCCCAUACGGAAACGGAACGAGGAAGCUCCUCAACGGUAUUGACGGCUACGCCAAGCCCGGUCUCAUGAUUGCCCUAAUGGGCGCGUCUGGUGCGGGCAAGACCACCUUGCUCAACACCCUGGCCCAGCGUCAGAAGAUGGGCGUCGUGUCUGGUGAUAUGCUGGUCGACGGCCAUUCUCUGGGCACCGAUUUCCAGCGUGGCACCGGGUUCUGCGAGCAAAUGGACCUCCACGACAACACUGCUACCAUCCGCGAAGCGCUUGAAUUCUCGGCAUUGCUCCGUCAGGACCGGAAUGUUCCCCGGGAGGAGAAGCUCGACUACGUCAACAAGAUCGUCGACCUACUGGAACUCGAAGACAUCCAGGAUGCGAUCAUCGGCUCCCUCAAUGUCGAGCAGAAGAAGCGGGUGACAAUCGGCGUCGAGCUGGCUGCGAAGCCAAGCCUUCUUCUCUUCUUGGACGAGCCCACCAGUGGUCUCGACAGUCAGGCGGCUUACUCGAUCGUGCGGUUCCUGAAGAAGCUAUCCCAGGCGGGACAGGCGAUUCUGUGCACCAUCCACCAGCCGUCGUCCAUGCUUAUCCAGCAGUUUGACAUGAUCCUGGCCUUGAACCCCGGAGGAAAUACUUUCUACUUCGGCCCCGUUGGCCCCGAAGGUCGCGACGUGACCAAAUACUUCGCAGACCACGGAGCAGUGUGUCCCCCUUCGAAGAACGUCGCCGAAUUCGUGCUCGAAACCGCCGCCAAGGCGACCACCAAGGACGGCAAAAAGGUCGACUGGAAUGACAUCUGGCAGCGCUCGGAACAGAACCAGAACCUAAGGAACGAGAUCCAGCGCCUGACCGCAGAGCGCAGCAAGAUCCCCAUCACUGACCACGGAGUUCAAUACGAGUUCGCCGCGCCUACCUGGACCCAGACCAAGCUUCUCACCGAGCGCAUCUUCCGCCAGUACUGGCGCGACCCGUCCUACUACUACGGCAAGCUCUUCGUCAGCGUCAUCAUCGGCAUCUUCAACGGGUUCACCUUCUACAUGCUCGACGACUCCAUCGCCAGCAUGCAAAACCGCAUGUUCUCCAUCUUCCUGAUCAUUCUCAUCCCGCCCGUCGUCCUCAACAGCGUCGUCCCCAAAUUCUACAUGAACCGCGCGCUCUGGGAAGCCCGUGAAUUCCCCAGCCGCAUCUACGGCUGGGUCGCCUUCUGCACCGCCAACGUCGUCUGCGAGAUCCCCAUGGCCAUCCUCUCCAGCCUCAUCUACUGGCUCCUCUGGUACUACCCCGUCGGCUUCCCCACAGACUCCAGCACAGCAGGAUACGUCUUCCUCAUGUCAAUGCUCUUCUACCUCUUCCAAGCAAGCUGGGGCCAAUGGAUCUGCGCCUUCGCCCCCUCCUUCACAGUCAUCGCCAACGUCCUCCCCUUCUUCUUCGUCAUGGUCAACCUCUUCAACGGCAUCGUCCGCCCCUACAGCACCUACCCCGUCUUCUGGAAAUACUGGAUGUACUACGUCAACCCAGUCACCUGGUGGCUCCGCGGCGUCAUCGCCGCCGUCUUCCCCGCCGUCCAAGUCCACUGCUCCCCCAAAGAAGCAACCCACUUCAACCCGCCCCCCGGCUCCACCUGCGCAGACCACGCCGGCGCCUUCGUCGACAAACUCGCCCGCGUCGGCUACCUCGUCAACCCGGAUGCCUCCACAGACUGCCAGUACUGUCCCUACAAGGACGGCACCGAGUACAUGAGCAUGCUGAACGUCCACGACGGCGACAAGUGGCGCUGCUUCGGCAUCUUCUUGGCCUUUGUGAUCAUCAACUGGCUCUUGGUGUAUUUCUUCAUCUACACUGUUAGAGUCAGGGGCUGGUCGUUUGGGGUGGGCUAUUUGUUUGGCGGGUUGGGGCUGUUGGCUGAUGUUAUUAAGAAGCCGUUUUCGAGGAGCGAGAAGAAGGUGGAGGAGUAGAUAUUUUGUAUUCCUUUCUUCUUUUUUUCUUUUUUGUUAUUUUAUUUUAAUUAUUAUUUAUUUUGUGGGUGUUAGAUAUGUGGAUGGAAAGGAGAAAAGAUAGAGGGAGGAGAUGAUGGUUAUG